AUGACGCUCUACUACACUCUCGUAUUCGUGCUGUUGAUGCUGGAGAUGACCCUGUUCAUGCUCCUCAUCAUUCCUCUUCCUUUCACCAUCAAGAGGAAGCUCUUCACCUUCAUCUCCGAGAGUCCAAUUGUAGCAAAGAUACAAUACUGGAUGAAGAUCACAUUCGUCUUCAUCCUCAUCCUGUUCAUCGACAGCGUCAACCGCGUCUACAGGGUCCAGGUCGAACUGGCCAUCGCCACUGAGAAGCAGAACAACGGCGCCGCCGUCAUGGGCCACGAGCGUCUCGAGGUCCAGGCCCGCAAGUUCUACUCGCAGCGCAACAUGUACCUCUGCGGCUUCACCCUCUUCCUCUCCCUCAUCCUCAACCGCACCUAUGUUAUGAUCCUGGAAGUCAUGCGUCUCGAGGACCGCGUCAAGAGCUACGAGGGCACCAACUCCAACACCAAGGAGUCGGAGAAGCUCGCCGUCAGCGGCAAGCCCGGCGAGAUUGCUAAGCUGCGCAAGGAGCUUGACGUCAAGACCCAGGACCUCGAGAACCUCAAGAAGCAGUCUACCCAGCUGCACAAGGCGUACGAUGAGCUCAGCGACAAGUACGCUGCCGCCACUGGCGAGCCCGUCGACAAGAAGUUUGACUAA